UUUAUACGUCCCACAAAAAGAAUCAUCGAGAAAUACUUUUGCAAUCUCUUUCACACAAACUCAUACUGUGACAUUUUUGUAUCCGUUGAGAAGAUCAUCAAGAAAAGCGCCGGAAAAUUCAAUCAAAUUUCCGAUCAACUCAAGCAAUUUUCCUAAGUUCUAAAACAUCAGUGAACUAAUUCUCUCCAUUUACUUAGCAUCAAUGACUUCAUUUGACCCUAUAAUUCGAAUGGAUGAGAACGCGUUUAGAGCUCACGAGAAGAUUCAUCACCCUAGAGUACCCAGAAAACCCCUUACUGAUAUGACCAACUCUAGGAAACCACUUGCAACAGAAAAAUCAUCAGUGAAAAACUUCAGUGGUUUCAAAGCUCCAGAAAAGGUGGUUCCUAAGGUUGGCAGGAAACCUCUUGGUGAUUUGACAAACUCGAAGAAGCUUCGCGCUCAAGAAAAAUCAUCCAAAAAUAAAAACUGCAUUGAGAAUCUUCCUGUUGCUGCUGCUGCUGUUAAGAAAGAGCAAGUUCAUAGUUUUGCUUGUGGGGAAGGUUUUCUGCACAAUCAUAAUGACUGUAUUAAGGCAAAUCGACAAUCUUUGAGUAUGAGCAUGGAUUAUUUCCUGGAAACUGUUGCUCUUAAAAGAGAUUCUUCAUCAGUUGCUACUCCUCGGCUACCUGAAUUGUCUAAGGCCUCGAACCACCAGGAGAUUGAAAUUCUUCCUAUGGAGAUCGAUGAGAUGGACUUCGGAACUUGGGAUAUCUGCGGUCCUCCUAGUCCUCCAGCACCAAAGUCUCCUAGGUCUCCUAUGUACUCGAGGAACUUUGAGUUUUCACCAUUGAAGCUGAAGGAUUCACCAGUCAGGAUUUAGGUUAUUUUCACAUGAAAACCAAGUGAUUAACAUUCAUAGUGUUUCUAGUUUGGUUCCAGUAUUGUAGAAUAAGAUAGACUGCGGAUUUCUUAUGUUGGUAGAGGAAGAUGAAUACUUUCUUGUGUUAUCUCCUCACUUUUGUUAUUGAAAUUGGUAGUACUAGUAUUAUUAGUUGGUUCAACAGUUGUUUGUUCUACCAUUCUGUUGUAAGCAUCAUUGUUUUUAAAGAAUCUGUUAUCGACUUAUCGGCACAUAUAAGAA